UUUAGAUUUUGGGAACGAGAUGGACCAUUUAUGAAGUUUUAUCGUUAUUUUUCUAGCUGACCCCUAUCCUUACCAAAAGUAACGCUCAGGGUUUAGUGCCGCCGAUUAUUUUUUUUCCGGUGGGUAACGGUGUGCAAUGGCGGCGAUUAUGCCAAAUUUCGGCCUCCGGCAGCUUCCCCUGCUUAACAAGUUCCGUUCAACUCUUCCUACGUCGCCCCCACCGUCUCUAUACCUUUAUCGUUCUUCCUCUUCCAUGAGUUUACCUGUUGCUGUUUCUUCUAAUGUAUCCUCUUCUUCAAAUGAAGAUUCGGAGGAACCCAAAUUGAAUACAGGCACAUUAUCCAUCACCAUUGAAGAACCAGAUAACAGAAAUAAGAACAAAAAAGCUAAGCCUUUUUUCCCCAAGCGAGGCGAGACCUUGGAACUUGUGUGCGAGUCUUUAGCUUUUAAAGGAAAAGGUCUGUGUAAGGUGGAAGAAACUGGUUAUGUAGUCAUGUGCGAUCGCGCUCUUCCUGGUGAACGCUUUGUCGGUCGAGUUACACGCAAAAAGAACAAUUACGCCGAGGUGACUAAAGUGAAGACUCUAAGUCCUCAUACAGAUAUGGUGGAAGCACCAUGUGAAUAUGCUUUGCAUUGUGGAGGUUGCAGGACACAAAACCUUCUAUAUGAAGCUCAGUUCCACUACAGAAACAAGAUGGAAUUUUCCUUUGGUCCCAAAAGAUGGCUUCCCAAAGAGCAAUUGCUUGAGAGAAGUGAAGAUGCUAAUGUCUAUGCUUUAGGAUUACAUGCUCCUGGUUUCUUUGAUAAAGUUUUAAAUGUCGACAAGUGCUUUUUACAAAGUGAACCCGCAAAUAAGGUUCUUGCAGCCGUUCAAGAUUGUUGGAGGAAUCACGAACUUGGACUCUCACCAUAUGAUUGCCACUCUCAUGAUGGAUUCAUGAAGCACCUCAUGAUAAGAAGUGGAAGAGAUGUUGACACUAAACUCCCUCAACUCAUGGUUAAUUUUGUGACAUCUUCCUACAAACCAGAGCUCCUAAAGCCUCUUGUUGACAAACUAUCAGUUUUCCCAGAAGUGGUAAGCAUCAUGAACAAUGUAAACACAGCAGUUGGGAACACAUCUGUGGGAGAGCAAGAGUACACUCUAUACGGAAAAGCUACUAUCACUGAAAUGUUGAGAGGAUUAUCAUUUGAAAUUUCAGCAAACUCUUUCUUCCAAACAAAUGCACAUCAGGCUGAAAUUCUUUACAAGUUAGUACAAGAUUGUGCUGGUUUAAAAGGAGAUGGUUCAGAAAUAGUUCUAGAUCUUUUCUGUGGGACCGGGACAAUCGGGCUCACACUAGCCAAAAAGGUAAAGCAUGUUUAUGGUUAUGAAGUAGUUGCUGAAGCUGUAUCUGAUGCUCGUCGGAAUGCUAAGUUAAAUGGUCUACACAAUGCCACAUUUAUCCAAGGGGAUCUUAAUAAAGUUAGUGAAAGUUUUGGGAAUGAUUUCCCAAAACCAGAUAUUGUCAUAUCAGAUCCCAAUAGACCAGGGAUGCAUAAUAACUUGAUUAAAUUCUUGUUAAAGCUCAAGGCACCGAAGAUUGUGUAUGUAUCAUGUAACCCUGCCACAUGUGCACGUGAUCUUGACUAUCUUUGUCAUGGUUCGGUGGAACAAAAAUUGAACGGAUGUUAUACAUUAAAAAGCAUACAACCUGUCGACAUGUUUCCUCACACUCCUCAUAUAGAAUGCGUCUGUUUGCUUGAGCUUCGUUGAUUCAUUCUGACCUCUUUCUUGAUUAUAAACCUACUUCUGAUAUAUGGUUUUCAUCCACAAGUUUUGUUUUGUUUUGUUUUUAAUUAUACAUUGUAAUUUAUAAACUAAAAAGUUAAAAAGUGUUUACAUGCACCAGCUUCUAGGAUUGGCUUAAACGACUAGAUGUCUAGGUGCUUGUGGUGUUUUGAGUGAAACAUUUCUACACAUCAAAU